GAACUAUCAGUGAUGCUGACUGGGGUAUGUCAGAAGCUCAGGUUGUGUGUAAACAACUUGAACUACCUUUGGAAGGUUCAGUGCCAUCCCCCUAUGGUCAAGGCAGUGGUGUCAUUAGGAUAACCUCAGUCAACUGUUCUGGAUCUGAAAAUAAUGUUACACAAUGUUCCCUGUCUAUGGGGUCCUCAUCAAACCAUCAGAAUGACGUGGGAGUUAAGUGUGGAAAAGGUGCCGACUACAAGCAUGGAGAUAUUCGUCUAGUGGGAGGAUCCUAUAGCUGGGAGGGCAGAGUGGAGAUAUACCUGGAAGGAGAAUGGGGAACUAUCACUCAAUAUUACGCUGGGAAAGAUGGUGCUCAUGUAGUUUGCAGACAACUUGGUUAUGAUACACACUAUGGUUUUGACAAAGACUACUAUCACGCUCAUUUUGGAGAAGGUGUUGGAACAAUACAUCUUAACUUCUUGGAAUGCUCUGGCACUGAAUACCGACUGGUUGACUGUUAUAGUGUCUCUAGUUUAUGGUAUCACACUCAAGAUUGGAGUGUUGGAUGUCUCAAUGAUGUCCCUGAAGAAGGAGAAGUAAAGCUCUUCUACAGCAGUUAUAAUAACUACUUCUCCUCGGGUCUGCUUCAGGUAUGGCUGAAUGGGAGAUGGGGAGUGGUGUCUGAUACGGUGUGGACAAUUGAAAAUACAAAUGCUGUGUGUCGCCAGCUUGGAAGGAAUGGUAUAACAUCAACUGAUUCUGAUUACAGUACCGACUUACCUGUUGUCAUGAGUAACGUCAUGUGUGUGGGGACUGAGUCAAGACUGAUAGACUGUCCCUACGCCACUGGAGGUAGUGGAUCUCCUGUGAGCCUCAGGUGUACUUUUUUAGCCCCUUGUGCCCAUGGAGAUGUGAGACUCACAGGCGGUCAGUCAGAGAAUGAAGGGAGACUAGAAAUCUGCAACUCUCUCUCUGUUUGGGGCACCGUAUGCAACAAACACUGGACUCAGGCCGUCUCAAAGGUCGCCUGUCACUCCUUUGGAUAUGGCUACGAAGAAGGGUCAUAUCACACAUACUCCACGUUCAAUCGGAUACCAGCCACCUUACCAAUUGCUGCAGACUAUGUGAGAUGUUCAGGGUCAGAGAACUCACUGAAGGAGUGCACUUACUUCAGCCACAGCUUUUCUGAGUGUAGCCACAAUGACGAUAUUGGAAUCAUCUGUCCACCAGCAAACUGUGAAGAUAGAGACGUCAGGUUACGAGGCACAGCAGGGUCUGAGAAAGGAGGACUUGUUUUAGUUUGCAUCAACAAAAGGUGGGGUCCUAUUUGCCAGAACAAUAAUGAGGCAAUUACAAAGACUCUGUGCCGUCAACUUGGAUAUACUAAUAGAGAUGGGGAAUACUAUUGGAAAGGGGAAAGAGGAAUGCCAGUUCAAAACCUAACACUGCAUUGCCGUGGCGAUGAAUCUCGUUUAUUUGACUGCACCUAUAGUCGCAGUGCUCCAAGUCAUUGCACUUAUUAUGAGCUCACCUAUAUUUCAUGUGAACCAGCAAGCUGUACAGAUGGGCAAGUGAGACUGGUGGAUGGAGCAACAGAUGUGGAGGGGAGGGUUGAGAUUUGCUUCAAUAGGAGAUGGGGGACAAUCAGUGGUGAUGGGUGGACUCUGAUAGAGUCUACUGUCGUCUGUAAUGACCUCGGAUAUGAGGCAACUGGCAAUGACUAUUCAGUGAGGCCAGCCACAAACUCAAUGCCAGUGUUCAUAAAGACUGUCAGAUGUUCUGGUAGACAGCUGAGCCUCUUGGAAUGUGGCUUCAGAAUAAAUCUUACACACAGUGUUCACUUGGAAGACGUUGGAGUCAAAUGCAAAAAGUGUAAGAUAGCAAAAUGAAUGUUCAUGUUAUUCUAACAAUAUUGUGGGUUGCAUCUUUAUUAUUGCCGAGCGCGUUAGCGUGAGGCA